AUGCGGCCGCCCAACAUGUCCGGGCACUUUCUGCUCGCUCCCAUUCCCGAGUCCUCCUCCGACUACCUCCUGCCCAGGGACAUCAAGCUGGCGGUGCUCGGCGCCGGCCGCGUGGGCAAGAGCGCAAUGAUUGUGCGCUUCCUGACCAAAAGAUUCAUUGGCGACUAUGAACCCAAUACAGGCAAGCUGUAUUCCCGGCUAGUCUUUGUGGAGGGGGACCAGCUAUCAAUACAGAUCCAGGAUACUCCUGGGGCCAUCCAGGCCCAAGACAACCUCAGCCAGGCAAUGGAUUCUCUAUCCAAGUGUGUCCAGUGGGCUGAUGGCUUUCUGCUGGUCUACUCCAUCACAGACUAUGACAGCUACCAGUCCAUCCGGCCCCUUUAUCAACACAUCCGGAAGGUCCACCCUGACUCCAAAGUCCCUGUCAUUAUCGUGGGUAACAAGGGGGAUCUCCUGCAUGCCCGGCAAGUGCAAACACAUGAUGGUGUUCAGCUAGCCAAUGAACUGGGAAGCCUGUUCCUGGAAAUUUCCACGAGUGAAAACUAUGAAGAUGUCUAUGAUGUGUUUCAGCAUCUCUGCAAAGAAGUGAGCAAGGUGCACAGCCUUGGUGGUGAGCGGAGAAGGGCCUCCAUCAUCCCCCGGCCCCGUUCUCCUAACAUGCAAGACCUGAAAAGGCGCUUCAAGCAGGCUCUGUCUUCUAAAGUAAAAUCUACCUCCGCAUUGGGGUGACCGCUCUCAGAGACACUGAUGUCUUUUUCAAUGUAUAAUGCAGCUACAAAGACUGAAUUUCCAGCUGGGCUUCAGUGGCUCAUACCUAUAAAUCCUAGCUACUAAAGAGGUUGAGAUCUGAGGAUCAGAGUUCAAAGUC